AUGGCUGACGAAUGCUCAUUGCAGGUGAUGAACAAAACUCGCAAGAUCAUGGAGGACGGCGGAACCUCAUUUACAAAUGCAUUUGUAACUACGCCCAUGUGCUGUCCAUCACGCUCUUCCAUGCUGACUGGGAAGUAUGUCCACAACCACAACACGUACACCAACAACGAGAACUGUUCCUCACCUUCCUGGCAAGCUCAGCAUGAGCCGCGCUCCUUUGCCGUUUAUCUCAACAACACUGGAUACCGAACAGCUUUCUUUGGGAAGUACCUCAAUGAAUACAACGGCAGCUACAUCCCACCUGGGUGGCGCGAAUGGGUGGGGCUGAUCAAAAAUUCCCGUUUCUAUAAUUACACCGUCUGUCGAAACGGGAACAAGGAGAAGCACGGCGCAGAUUAUGCCAAG